GAAGAAGAAGAAGAAGAAGAAGAAGAAGAAGAGGAUGAAGAAGAAGAAGAAGAUGAACAUAGGGGGUUUGCAAAGCUCAGUUAUGCAACAGAUGAUGAUGGGUUCAGAAAACCCUAAUUGGUGGAAUUCAAAUAAUCACUCUUCACUUCCUUUUCCUUCUAAUUCCUUCUAUCACCUUCAACACCACUUUCCAGAUUCUUGGAGCCAACUUCUCUUGGGCGAUGUGGUUGGUGAAGAGGAUCAAAAGGGUUGUAUGCCAAUGUUUCAACAAGCCAAGAAGUUGGAGGAUUGGGGUGAAGAGACUUUGAAUGGCAAAGUUGAUGUCAAGAAAGACCACUCACCUCAUUCCAUCAACUAUGUCUAUGGACACGGCGGUGUUGGUGUCGGUGUCGGUGUCGUAGGCGACGAUUAUCAAUUGGCUCCUAAACAAAACUGGUCCCCUAUGAUACCAGCUUCUUCUCCUCACUCAUGUAUCACAACUUUCAGUAGUAAUAUGUUGGAUUUUUCAAAUAAUAACAAUAACAAGUCUCCUGCUCAUCAUUCCCGCCCUACGCAUCCUCAACCAGAUCGCUCUUCCGAGUGUAACAGCAAUCCAAGGGGUGGGGCAAUGAAGAAAUCGAGGGUUGAAUCCUCUUCAAACCAAACUAGUUUGAAGGUUAGGAAGGAAAAAUUGGGUGACAGAAUUACAGCUCUCCACCAGCUUGUUUCUCCAUUUGGGAAGACUGACACAGCUUCAGUUUUGUUAGAAGCUAUUGGCUACAUCAGAUUCCUUCAUACUCAAAUUGAGGCCCUCGGUUUGCCUUACUUGGGCAGUUCUUCGGGAAGUACGAGGCAGCAAGAACAACAUUCUGUUCCAGGAGAAAGAAAUUGUAUGUUUCCUGAGGACCCUGGCCAGCUCUUGAACGACAACGGCUUGAAUAAGAAUGGAGUCUCUCACCAGGAGGAAGAGGGAGAGAAGGAUCUGAGGAGUAGAGGGUUAUGUCUGGUUCCAGUAUCCUGCACCCUGCAAGUUGGGAGUGAGAAUGGAGCAGAUUAUUGGGCUCCGACGUUCGGCGGUGGUGGCGGUUUCCGGUAGACGGUGGUGGUGGUGGUGGUGGUGGAAGAAUGAAGAUGGAGAGAGGUACAUUAUGAAAGUGAUAUCAUCAUGAGCAGUCACUCUGCUAAAGAAACCAAAGGCUGAUUGCUCAUGAUGCUAUUCAAACAUACUCCAACCUCAGAAAUAUUAUACCAACAGUGUUGUAGCAGAUGCCUUUCAAAAUCUAAUCUUUUCUUAGUAA